CCCAUYUCUCGUAGUCUCUUGGGCUUCAAAGUGAAAUUUCACGUGUCCAUUCUAAAUCCUCAUUGAAAAUGACCACGAUUCAUCAUCUUGAURUCUCAAACUAAACCCAAGAGAAAGCUGUGAAAGGUUAGUUGCUUAGUAACAAGGAGUACAAUAUGGUUCAMAAGUCCUUAUGACAGACGCUAAAAKCUGUAGUUACAGAUGGCUGAAGACAAGCAAAAGACCGCGAAAGAUGCCAGCGGAUGUAAUAUGUGGAAGCACGCUACCCCGCACUCAAUGUGGGUUUCAUUCAGCACACUAUAUAUCAAUUUCAUCUCAAAAUGUUUCGCUGUUCUUGGUACUGUGAUAGCUCGUCGACCAUGGGGUACAAUUCUUAUAUGCAGCUCUUUUGUUGGGCUGUGUGCGAUUGGUUUUGUGUGGAUGACCACUGAAAAUAGGGCAGAAAAGCUAUUUAUCCCACAAGAUAGUCGCGCUACCAAGGACUUGGACCAAGCAGAGAAACAUUUYCCAAUGGAGAGUCGUUUGGAACGAGUAAUCUUUACACCAAAAACUUCCUACCAAAACACACUUGCAGAAGACUGYCUYAAAGAUGUACUAACAGUCCACAUCGAAGUCAUAAGCACUGGAAAGUAUCGAGAUCUUUGUUUGUCAAAAAGAUCUAAACCRGAUUCUCCUCCAUUUUGUCUUUUCCUUAAUCCAUUAGAACUACUGCAUUUCAACGGAACGAACUUUGACAACGCUACAUCAAAGUUCGAGGAGGCUUUUAGAAAUCGAAACAUACUCAUGCGUAAUGGACGACCUCUAUGGUAUAACAUGCGUACAGUAUUUGGGGGACUAGAGAUCGAUGAGACUUCUGGGAAGAUUCAUAACGUUGAAGCUAUCCACGUGSUWUACUUUAUGAAAAGCGAUGAAGAAGACAAGUCCGUCAUCGARUGGGAGAACGAUUUCUUGGGCGUGGUACGGGCGUCAAGAAGCAAGCUUUCYUGUAUGAAUGUCGUGGUAGCUGCUCAACGCAGCCUUGGGGAUGCUAUUAGCGAAAGCACAGUAGGAGACAUUGGUUUUAUUUCAGUGACUUUUUCGUUGAUGAUUUCAUUUGCUUGUAUAACGYUGGGCAAGUUUAGAAACCCUCUGACGGGACAUUCUUUACUCGCAAAUAUCGGGAUCUUUUCGGURUUUCUUGGGAUUCUUGCGGGUUUUGGUUUUGCUAUGCUUGUWCAGACACCKUUCAUUAGUAUGGUAGGAGCAAUUCCAUUCCUUGUCGUUGGUAUAGGCAUUGAUGAUAUGUUUAUCAUCAUAGAUGAGCUCGAUCGUAUYGGACCACAGUUCAGUGUUUCGGAUACUGUUAAACUUGUYAUGGCGAAUGCUGGUCCUACCAUCACCAUGACGACCAUGACGGACCUGGUGGCKUUUGCUGUGAGCACYUGGUCUGAGCUACCAGCAAUCCAGUACUUCUGCCUCUACUCYGCAAUGACAAUAUUCUUCGCUUAUUUAAUGAUUGUAUCMUUYUUUGUKGCAAUGAUGGCAUUCGACGUUCGUCGUGUUAAAGCUGGACGACGCGACUGCUUACCAUUCUGCCACGUUCCYCCUCCAAAAGACGGCGCGCCGGCAUGGGAAGAGCCUAGCACCCAGGCUUCUGGUAAGAUACUUGAGAAGUGGGCUCAAAUACUGAUGAGGGUUGAAGUCAAGUGCAUAGUGGUACUGAUAUCGUUGGGGCUUCUUGGUGUUGGGAUAUAUGGGGCCUUGAACAUAAGUGAACAUUUUGACCCUAARYUACUGGCAAAGGAUGACUCGCCGUUCUUAAGAUUCUCCGAGGCCCAAGACAAGUAUUUUCCAAUGAAAGUCGAAAUAAGUGUAAUCCUUGAYCAACCAGUGAACUAURCAAGUCUGAAAACACAGCAACAAAUCCUAGAUUUAUCGAAAAUUGCUUCUCAAAACUCAUUCUAUGACAACACGACGUUGUCUUGGAUGGAGUCGCUUCACRAAUUCGCCAAGAAAAUGCACKUAAGCACAGAAGGGGAACAUUUCAUGCCAACAYUSAUCCACUUUCUGCAAACGCCUGUCUUUACUCAUUUUAUGCAGGAUUURAGGUUUUCAGAAGACAAGAAGAACCUGGAAGCGUCUCGUAUCCUYUGUUACAUGAAAUCGUCCUUGAACUCAAUAGGUCAACGUGAUGGAAUGGUSACUCUUCGUGAAGACAUCGACAAUUCCCCACUACCAGCGUACCCUAUAGCUAAACCUUUYAUGUAUUUUGAACAAUACGCGAUYAUUUUCAAAGCAACUGUYAGGAAUCUUAUCAUAGCUUCUUGUGCYAUAUUAGUUAUUACAAGUCCUUUCCUGGUGAACGUUAGUGUYACACUAAUGGUKUUCUUUGGCUUUGUGGCGUUGAUAUUUGAGAUGUUCGGUGUUAUGUACUUCUGGGGCGUCUCUCUUCACGGUAUUUCGAUGAUCAACCUUGUCAUGGCUAUCGGGUUUGCUGUUGAUUACAGUGCCCAUGUUGCGCAUGCGUACGUGAUGUCUUCCAAGGAAACCGCUGAAGAAAGAGUUAUWGAGGCGCUAAGGACUCUGGGAGCGAGUGUUCUCAUGGGAGGUGCUAGUACGUUUAUUGGCAUGGUUAUGCUUGCGUUUGCUUCCUCUGAAAUCUUCAGAAUAUUCUUCAAAAUGUUCUUUGGCAUAGUGUUCCUUGGUCUUCUMCAUGGUCUCUGCUUUUUACCUGUUUAUCUCUCAAUCUUCUGUCGCAAAAGCGCGAUUAAUGGUAAUAAUACUACUAACCAUGUAGAAAACACUGACAGCCAUGAUGGUCCUACAAAGCCUUCUUUACKGAGAGAUGGGAACAUAGUUAUGAAAAACGAUCUAGUGAAUGAUGAAUGUAAUGGUGCAACUCCUCUGAUCUGCACUGAAACAGUUAAUCCAGACCAGGAUAGGGAGACGCCUUGUUAGUUAAUACAGCGAACAGUCUAUGUUAAUCUCAGACGUGUUUCAUUGCUAUUGCACCAGAGUUAACCAUAGCUUCUUGUUCUAACAUCGUUUUUAAAGUGUUUUAAUUUUUAUUCUGGUUGACUUAGUGAAUUUUUUAUACGCGUAAUGCCAUAACAGUCAGCAAUUAGAAAAAAUAUGGUUUUGUAAAUGAAUUAUUAAUUUUUAACUUGAAGGGCCAAACUAGACAUGUUGCAAGUSCAAAUAGUUGGACAACCAAUCGUCUUGCGUCAAUUUUUCAGAGAGCUCGACCCUGUUUACAUGUAACAKUGGGGGCCCUGGGUACUAGAGCCAAACUAGGAGGCAGCUGUACUUUCAGCUGUGUUUUCCCACCAAAGAAUAUAAUUUUAUGUUUUAACCAACAGUUUGAUUUCUAUAAAUGC